AUGGCGCUAGUAAGCUACACUGACUCUGAAGGCUCAGACGCUGAGCCAGAUACUACACCCGCACCUGCGCCCCAGAUUAGCAAGGCAAAGACACUCGGCUCCAAAACUGGGUUUCAUGUCGAGCGCAGCGACUCGGGCAAGAUCCGCGUCGCAAUUCCAGAAAUCAAACCUGAGCACCCAUCCGGCGAUGACACCGAAGAUGGUCCGCGCAAAAAGGCUCGGUUAGGUGGAGGAGGAGGCCUGUCGGGAUUCAACGCUUUCCUUCCAGCGCCGAAACGAACACUCGAAAAGAAAGCACCAGUGGCGACAACACGAAAAGCGUUUAGUCUCAAGACAGGAGCAGGCCCUGGAUUUGAUCGCACAGCAGAUGCGGAGAUGAAGAAUGAUUACGCAUUCGAAAAUAUAGCGGGAGAUGCGGAGGACACCACAUCUGCACCCAGCAAUUCAAACCCCGACACUGCACCAGAUGCAUUGGCGGAGACAGUGAAAACCCCAGCGGAGGUCAAAUUGCAAGGAAAUCCGAUGAUGUUCCGGCCGUUGUCCGUCGGACGACCUCAAAAGAAGAGAAAGACAACCAAGAUUGCUGAACAACCAACUCCCUCCUCAUCAGCAGCAGCGUCGAAGUCUGCUCAACCUCUACAGCAAGCCCCUACCCCUGCACCUGCGCCACCGCCACCAAAACCCAAAGUCAGUCUCUUCUCUCUAUCCACCGAUGAGGCCACUUCCCAGCCAGCCCCGGCACCUGGACCAUCAGCCACCUACCAGCCACUGGUAUACAACGCCGAAGGCGAAGAAGUAUCGGCAGCUGAUCCAGUACUCGCCGAACCCGCACCAAUUGCCGUUGGGCAUUCAACAGCAACAGUAUCAACCAAUCCUACAUCAUCCUUGGACAGCAUUGCCAACGAUCUGAACUUGUCCAAAGCCGAAAGACGCCAGCUCUUCGGUCGGAAUGCCAUACCGUCCCAGUCACAGGUCCGUACCUUCAACACAGACGAGGAGUACGCGUCAAACCAUGUUCUGGCGCAAGGAGAGCUGGCCGGAACACAACACAACCCUGUGCGCUCUAUUGCGCCGGGCAAGCAUACUCUCCAGCAAUUGCUCAAUGUUGCAAGCUCUCAGAAGGAGGCAUUGGAGGAAAGCUUUGCAACAGGUCGGAGAAACAAGAAGGAAGCUGGAUCCAAGUACGGAUGGUAG